CCGGACGAUUGCUAUCUUUCAGCACAGUAAACAAACGGCUAACGGAGAAUUAGCAGCCAUAUAAAUUCUGAAUUUUUAGCCGGUUAAAGACAAUUUAUUUGUCCAACAUGUCUGGACAAAGCCUACUUAAUGCUAAACAGCCGCCUAUUCAGUCUACGGCAGGAGCUGUACCUGUGCGUAAUGACAAAGGUGAGCUUUCUAUGGAAAAGGUGAAGGUGAAGCGAUAUGUCUCAGGAAAGCGCCCAGAUUAUGCACCGAUGGAGUCUUCAGAUGAAGAAGAAGAAGAUUUCCAGUUUGUUAAGAAAGCCAAGGAUGCAGAACCAGAGCUGGAAAUGGAAGAGGAGGACGUAUCGGACCCUCGUCUUCGCCGUCUCAUGAACCGUGUGUCAGAAGAUGUUGAAGAAAGACUUGCACGACACAGACAAAUCGCUGAACCUGAGCUGAUUGCUGAGGCCAGUGAGGAUUCGGAUGAGGGAACCUGGCACCCAGAACGAGAGGAGAGCAGCGAAGAUGAAGAAGAGGAAGAAGAAGAGGAGGAAGAAGUGGAUGAUGAGGAAAUCGAGAGGCGGCGUGCGAUGAUGCGGCAGCGGGCCCAGGAGAGAAAGAAUGAGGAGAUGGAGGUGAUGGAGGUAGAGGAAGAAGGGAAGUCUGUAGAAGACUCAGAGUCUGAAUCGGAGUAUGAGGAGUACACAGACAGCGAGGAUGAAACGGAACCGCGCUUAAAACCGGUCUUCAUCCGCAAGAAGGACAGGGUGACUGUGGCUGAACGUGAGGCUGAAGAGCAGAGACAGAAAGAGCUGGAAAUUGAGGCUAAGAAGCAGGCAGAGGAAAGGCGUCGCUACACCUUGAAGAUCGUAGAGGAGGAAGCUAAGAAGGAGUUUGAAGAGAAAAAACGCUCACUGGCUGCUCUGGAUGCCCUGGACACGGACGGAGAAAAUGAGGAAGAGGAGUACGAGGCCUGGAAGGUCAGGGAGCUCAAGCGAAUCAAGAGGGACAGAGAGGCUCGAGAAGCGAUCGAGAAGGAGAAAGCCGAUAUCGACAGAUUCCGCAAUCUCACUGAGGAGGAGCGUAGAGCUGAGCUCCGCGUCAACGGAAAAGUGGUCACCAAUAAAGCAACCAAGGGCAAAUACAAGUUCCUGCAGAAGUACUACCACAGAGGAGCCUUCUUCAUGGAUGAAGAACAAGACGUGUUCAAGAGAGAUUUCAGUGCACCAACACUGGAGGAUCAUUUCAACAAAACAAUCCUUCCUAAAGUUAUGCAGGUCAAGAACUUUGGUCGUUCAGGACGCACCAAGUACACACAUCUGGUGGAUCAGGACACCACCUCGUUUGACUCUGCUUGGGCUCAGGAGAGUGCCCAAAACAUCAAGUUCUUCAAACAGAAGGCAGGGGGUGUAAGAGACGUGUUCGACCGGCCAACAGUACAGAAGAGGAAGACAUAAAUUAUGUACUGGAUGUAUACAAGCUCACCUGCAGCUGAAAUAGACUGUUUUUAUAUUAUAUUUCCCACCAACAUCUGUCUUUUUUUGGGGGGUUGCAAGUGAAAGUAGUUACAGCAUGGCAACAAAUAUUGGUUUAUUGCAUUUUAAUUUUGUACAUCUGGUGAAUUCCUUGACAGAAUUUAGCUCUGCUGAGACCUUUUGUAAAAAUCUAGGUUGUAAUUGUGAAUAAAUUACUAUAACGGGAAAAGUAA